AUGUGUGGCCGUUCCGCAGCGCCCGGCGCAGAGCCCUCCCUGGCCGUGAAACCUGAAACCACCCUCUCACACUCGCAUUCCUCUGAUAGCGAUGCCGCAACCGGAUCACAGUCGUUGCGAGCUUUCGUCCCCGCUUCCGCGCUCUGCGCCGCUGCCUUCGACCUGGUGAUGUCCGCCGCCCUGCCGCUGACAAUCGUGCAUCACUCGCUGCGGGUCUACUUGCUUGCGAACUGGUUGGCUCAGCGCGAGAAGAGUGAGUGGGCAGACAGUGACCUCUUGUUCGUGGCAUGUAUAUGUCAUGAUAUAGGUGCCGCCCAGGUGCACAACGGCCCACAGCGAUUCGAGGUCGAGGGCGCCGAUGCUGCCGCAAACUUCCUACGUGGGCAAUCGAGGUCGGAAGCAGAGGCGCACGAAGUCUGGACGGCGAUCGCUCUACAUACCUCGCCUGGCAUAGCAGAACGCAUCACACCAUUGGCUAGGCUGGUGAGGUUGGGCGUCCUCAUUGAUUUUCGUCCGGCAACCCGGGCGGCCCUGGAUGCAGAGGCAUAUGCAAAAUCCAUCGAGGCCAAACUUCCACGGCUAGAUAUUGAGAAGAUCUUGGGGGACGCUGUCGUUCAACAAGCCCUCCAGAAUCCUGCAAAGGCUCCUGCAGCUUCCUGGCCGAACAACCUCUACAAGUCACAUCUUGAGAACCCCGAAUGGACGGGCGUCAAUCGAGCAUUCUGA